AUGCUGGCUGAUCGUAUUGCCUGCCACAUCGUGCAUUCUGACCCAGCUCUUGUGCAUCUGUCGUCUGAUCAUGCAGUUGAUCCGGCAGCUGCCACUCUGGACGAACUGGAGCUGAUCCUGCCGCAGCCGUCGAAUGUUGGUGAUGAUGGCAGUGAAAUCGACCGCUUCCCAGGCCGAGUGGAGGACCUUCUGACUGGCCGCGCACGGAUUGCGUUUGCGGCUGGUGGUCGUGACAGCCACGUGCUGGAUGACCGUCAUCCCGCCAUCCUCACCCUUUGCUUCCCCCAGUCCUUCCCAUACGGCUUUUCUGGUCAGCGCCCCCGCGGCAUGUCUUUUCCGGCAUAUUGUCGCCACCUACUGCACCGCGUGCCGCGGACGCAAUUCGGCGGCAACCUCAUGCUGCUGGCACGCAUGUACGACAUCUGCGUGCGCCACGAAAGCAUGGCGCAGGUGGGAAUUACCAUGAACAUGCGGCCGCAUCUUGGUGAACCAGCGGCGCGUGUGCCGCGUGAUGUCAUCCGUGCUAUGGGCACCAUACUGGCGCUGCCGUAUCGGCACUCGCAGCGGCGGCAGCUGCUUACACAGCAAUCACCGCUGGUUAAGGCGCUGGUGGAGGGGGCCCGCCUCAGUACUUUGCGCCUCGACCUUACGGACGCAUAUUACAACGGCGCCCGCUCCAAAAUGCGUGCAGCCGCCCUCACCAUUGGCUGGCCUCCGCUGUUCUUCACCGUUAAUCCGGCAGAUAUGCAUGCAGCUUGUGCAGUCGUGGCAUCCGGACAGGUGUUGGACUUCGACGAUGACGGACGACCGCAGCAUAUCCCGAGCACGGUGGAAAAGUGGCGGCGUGUGAAGGAUGACCCGUACAGUUGCGCCGCUCUGCUGGUGGCCACCAAGGAGGUUCUGGUGGAAGAGCUCUUUGGGUUUGCGCCAGGCGCCAUGCAGCAGACCAACCCGCACUGCUUCUGCGGGCUCACGUUUGAGGUGGCGGUCAAGGUGGAACAGAGCGGCCGCCUUGCCCUGCACAUCCACGGUGUCGCACAUGUGGCCGCAUUUGCAGUCGAGCGUCUUCAGGCACUGUUCAACGGACCCAACUGCCGAGCGCUGGCCCUUGCAUACGCACUGUGCGCCAUGUGGUAUCCCUCGCCGUACUAUGACCCUUUCGUCCACGGAACAGAACACUGCGUCAUGGACAUGACCGUCGAAGAGGCCCGGCAGCAUGGCCGUGCACCUCCGCCCAUCGACAAGUCCUGCCCGCCUGCAGCAUACGAUUUUGGCAGGCUCGCUGGGUGUGCAGCCGUUGUUCGCAGCACUCUUACUCAUACACAUAACGACACGUGCAAGCGACAUGGCUGCCGUGGCACAGAUGAUAGCUGUGGCAUGGUGUUCCCUCGUGUCCUGCGCAGCGCCUUCCAGUGGAUUGGCACCGGCGGCCUCUUCCUUCUGCCGCGAUUGGGCCCGAACAUUAUACCGCACAUGCCAGCUGCAGCGCUGGCAUUUGGGUGCAAUCAGCUGUUUACUCUGGCGUGCGAGGUGGAUCGCGUCUACACGGCAGAGGCAGCAGCGCAACUGGCCCGCCCUGAAGAUGAACGGGGGGACUGUGCACUGCUGCAACCUGCCGCUGACCGCGCCCGCGACUCUGCCUACUACAGCACGAAGUACACUGGCAAGAGCAUCAACGACAGCCAGGCGCAGCUGACAUGCAACGCUCUUACCCGAGUGCAGGACUUCCUGCUCGCUGGAAGGACGCCAACUCCGGGUGCUAGUGGGCCCACUGCCUUUGGCAACAUGUGUGCCACUGUGCAUCGCAUGACCGCUGCCAUUACGGCUGGUAUGGCGCUUGUCGCCAUGAAGCUGGACGGUCAUUCCACCUUCGAGGCGACGUUCGAAAGCGCAUACCUGCAGGUAGACGCGUUCACAGCGCUAUCUGCGGGCGCCGAGCAAUCUCCUGAGGCGGCGACUACAGCAGCAGUACUGGUGGAGGCUGAGGAGCAGGAGGGCUACACGGUGACCAACGCCGUGCAGAGCUAUGUGCUGCGGGGGGAAGAACUCAGCGGCCUGGACUGCAGCGUGUACAAUAUCGUCUCCAGCUAUGAGGUUCGACGUGUGCCGCCAGCUCAGCACCCGCACCGAGAGCGAUUGGGUCUACAGGUCCCGGUGGCAGUUCGACGCCGCAAGCGCACUACCCCUGCUGCACCCAUAACCGCCCCCGUGCCUGCCCCUGUGCCUCUGCUGACUGCAGCCCCGGCCCCUCCUCCUGAGCCACCUGCUCCUACAGCUGCAGCGACACUCGACCAUCCAACGUCUCAGACAGCCACGGAGCUGCCCCGCCUGGUGGCCUUCCACGGCACGCAUCCGCUGUACAGAACACAUGUCCACAUCCGCCUACCGCGGCCGCGAUAUGUACAACUUGGAGGCUCUCUUCCCCGCCGGCCCCGCCCUGGCACCUCUGCUGCGAGCAUGGCGCAGUACUACGCGUUUGUCCUGGGUACUUUCAAAGCUCACCGGGGUCAGCCCAUCCCCCCCGGGCUGACUGUAAAGGAAGCCUACGACACCUGGUGGGCAGAGCUGGCCACUACCGAGGCAGGUCGCUCAUACCAAGCGUACGUAACGGUGCUGCUGGACAACAUCGAAGAGGACCACACAGGGAAAGCCCGCCGUCAGGCGGAGUACAACCAGCGGCGCCGCCAGCAGCGUGCGGCGGCGGCAGCAGCCGCGCUGCCUGAAGGUGACAGCACGAGCACUUCGGAUGGAGACACCGACGACGCCAUCCGCGGGCAUCUCAGACCUGAUCCUGAAACACAGCCACCCGCCGAGGGUCAGCUGGAGCACUUCGUGUACAUCCCGGGUCAGGAGGAUCCGACGGCUGGCACCGACCUCGCCGCCGUCGCUCUUACGGAUCUGUUUGACUGCACCAACGCUGCUGGCGCGUAUGCCUAUGAUGCGGCACGGCGCUGCCGAGCCCCGGCCUUAGUGGACGGCCAUGGUGCACGCAGCGAUCGUUUUAGCCGUCGGAUCACACCAGCGGACCUGCCCCUCCUGACCGAAGCGAGCAAGCGUCUGAAGCGGUAUCUCGUUGCAGCAGCAGCCGGCACUGUUGAGGCAGAUGGGGGCGCCCACACGGGACUGACGGCCCCACCUGAGAUGGACACCCCUCAUAUUGAGCUGCACCGCCCCACCAGCGGACCCCUGGUUGCCAUUUCACCUCCAAAACGGAUUCGGCUUAGCUCGCUUGCGAACGGCUUCCGUGGUGGAAGAAGACGGGGUGGAAUAUCCGGAGCUGCUCCUGCACCCUCACCUCCGGAUCUUCCACCACGUAAUCUUCCACCACGGAAGCCGUCCGCAAGCGAGCCAAGCCGAAUCCGUUUUGGAGCAGAUGACUGA